ACCUCUGGCUUGGACAUUUUCUGUGUUGUUUAGCGAAAAAUAGGGGAGUAAGAGGUGAUAAGAAGGAGUCGAUGCGAUGAGGUGACAGGCUUAUUUAAUGACAUACAAGGCGCCUUGUCUGCAGUCGAAAUUAUGGUUUGUAGGUUUCCAGAUGCCAAUGGCCCUACAGUCGUCUUGUAUGAUCGUCUCUUGUAGUGUACAAAGCGUAAUCUAUUUACCAAGAUGGUCACAUGGAGAUGCCAUUUUGGUGGCCAAAUGGAGAUAAUCUAGGUUACAAAAUUGGUACAAUUCCCUGUUUGUAUAUUGUAACUCAACAGCAUAGUGCCCAAGCGGUGCUGCUAAAAAUCCAAGAGUUGAGU